AUGUCCAGAACCAUGGACCUUGCCAUCGGCGCCGCAGUCGGCCUUGCUUCUGGAGCUCUAGGAUGUGCAGCUCUCUACUACUUGAUGCAGUCCAGAUCGUCAGAACAAGCCCAGCAAAGACUGCUAUACGGGAUCUACAGGUCAGACAACCCGGACGCAGAUAAUGAGGAGAGCUACACCCCUCCUCUGCCCCCAGAGGUGAAGGAGAUGCUGACGUCAGCCUCGCUGUGCCACUUGAGCUGCAACGACAAGGGGGACGCCCCUCAUACCUCACUGAUGAACUUCACCUUCGUGCCUGAAGAAGAAGACCUCAUCAUCAUGACCACGAGGAAAGACACCAAGAAGUAUCGCCUGCUCUCUCAGCGACCAGACGUCAGCUUGUUGGUGCACGACUUUCCUCAGAUUUCAAGGUACAGGCAGAUUCACUUGGAAAAGAAUCGACAGUACGAAAAUUUCAUUGAGGGAGAAGACAAGGCGGUCAUCACUGUGAAGGUUCAACGAGCUAGGAUGUGCAACGUGAAAGAUCAGGUGACUACGUGGGAAGCUGGAAAUGCGAAGAGCAAGUGA